AUGCUGCUGGAAUACUUGCUCACGAUCGUAGGAACUAUACGUAAGCAUAAAUGCGAAAUUCCGAAAUAUUUGAAGAAAGAUGCAGAAUUUGGUUCGCCGCGCUUUGGAUAUGACCCGGACAUGACACUGGUUUUCUACUCCCUGAAGAAGAACAAGAUAUUUCUUCUCCUAUCAUCUUGCAUUGUGAAUGGAUCCAUCAACAGAGAAACAGGAAAAACUGAAAUAAUAAUGUUGUACAAUUCAAAUAAAGGCGGUCCUGAUUCAUUCAAUCAGCUCUGCCACGAGUAUUCCUUGGCAAGGAAAACUAAACAAUAG